GAAACCAGAGGGUCAGAGAGGAAGCAGCGUGAGAUGGGGACAAGAUGCCCCCAAGAGCCUGGCUCUUCCUGGCUCCUGAAGCCUCAGACCCUCACCCAUGAAUGGGCUGCAACAUGGCUGAUAGCAAGGCCAAGCCUGCCAAAGCAGCCAACAGGACACCCCCCAAGUCCCCAGGGGACCCUGCCAGGGACAAGGCGACCAAGAGGCUGUCACUGGAAUCAGAGGGCGCCAGCGAGGGGGCGGCCGCUGCCCCAGAGCUCAGUGCGCUGGAGGAGGCCUUCCGGCGGUUCGCGGUCCAUGGGGACACCCGGGCCACUGGGAAGGAGAUGCACGGCAAGAACUGGUCCAAGCUGUGCAAGGACUGUCACGUGAUUGACGGGAAGAACGUGACCAUCACAGAUGUGGACAUCGUCUUCAGUAAGAUCAAAGGGAAGUCCUGCCGGACCAUCACCUUCGAGCAGUUCCAGGAGGCGCUGGAGGAGCUGGCCAAGAAGCGAUUCAAGGACAAGAGCAGCGAGGAGGCGGUUCGCGAGGUGCACCGGCUCAUUGAGGGCCGUGCGCCUGUCAUCUCAGGGGUCACGAAAGCCGUGUCCUCGCCCACCGUGUCGCGGCUCACGGACACGACCAAGUUCACGGGCUCCCACAAGGAGCGCUUCGACCCAUCGGGCAAGGGCAAGGGCAAGGCUGGCCGCGUGGACCUGGUGGAUGAGUCAGGCUACGUGCCUGGCUAUAAACACGCAGGCACCUAUGACCAGAAGGUGCAGGGGGGCAAGUAGCUGCACCACACCCUGGAGACGCUGGGGACGCGUGAGGCGCGUGCCCGACUGGUACCCCGUCCCACUUCAUCACAUUCCUUUGCACACUGGGCAGGACUCAUGGACCUUGGCCUUGCCUGCUGGGAAGGGGACACCCAGGCUACCUCCUGCCCGGCAACACCUCUCAGACCCAGGUUUGGGUCCUGAUUCACUGACCCUUCCUAACGCAGUUGUCUCGUCCAGAACUGGGAAGUGGAUGGUCCUUUUCAAAUUGUCCCCCAGGACUGUGCCACACUGGAUACCUGCUUGCAGGGAAAGGGGCAUUUUGGGAGCUGUUAGGUGUGGGAACAAGUGGGGCAGACCCUGUCAGAGGCCCUACUGACCUUCUGACACCUUCUAGGAGCCUCUUAGGCAGUAGGAGUUAACAAACUAACCAGCAGCACAAAUAAAACUGCUACCCCAGCAGGACGCAGGCAGUGUCCGAGGCGCCCCACGAGCAGGGGCCACAGCCCUUCAUGCUUUCCUGGCAGGGCGUGUGGCAGGCCACACAUGCAGUGCCUGUGGACAGGUCUGUGCUGAGGGCAGCGGGGUGAGAGGCAGGCCAAGGAGCCACAGCAGAACCUUGGGCUGCCCAGGGAGUGGCCUGGGAGUGAAGCGGGCAGUUCCUUCCCUUUGCUGUCCUAGCAGUGAUGAGCAGUGGUGACCGCUUGUGCUUAGAGUGGUCCAGGGGCUCAGCUCGCCCUGCUGUGUCACCAGCCAGACUGGGGAUGUGUGGUGCAGAGCCCACGCAGUGGCCUCGGUGCGAGGGAGGGCCUCUCCGGGCUCUCCUGCGUGGCUGUGCUGGCUCUGCCCGGCUUUGCUUGCAGCCUCCCUCAGUGAGGGUCUGUGCAGCGUCCUCAGCUCUCCGUCCUCCCGACACCCCACAGUGCAGGACGCCAAGCCUCAGAACCAGGGAGAUGCCAGGCCAGUGGCAUUUUCUGGGGUUUCUUUUUCUGCCAUGGGCAGCUGAGUGCACAGGGCCAGUGCAGAGCUGGCCCAGGACCCUGCCACCCACACCAUAGGCCGCCACGUGCAGCCCCUGCUCAGUAUUGUGCAGGCACAGGGACUGAGCGUUCCUGUGCCAUACUGAGGCUAAGAGGCGUGUGCCACGACUGUCACCAGGGCCCACAGCAACCCGCGGGGCUGUAGUCCUGGGAAGAGCCUAUGGCAGCCUGGGGAAAUGCUUCCAAGAACCUGCUUGUUCUUGGCCACUGACUGUCCGGAUAGCUGUUCAGGUGGACUCUCAGCCCAGCCCACAGCACAGGCAGACAGUAAGGCCCUCUUCCUGCCAUGGCAGGUGGACAUGCCACCCACCUCUCCUGAGCCUGAAGAGUGCCCAGUCACAGCUGCAGCCCCGUGGGGGCCAGACCCCAGCCCCUGAGCAGAGCAGAGCAGAGCCCUUGGUCCCAGCUGAUAGUCCCUGAGUGCUGAAGGCUCCCCGAGUCCCCCAACACUGAUGGCCUCCAUGAGGAUGGGGUGGCCCCAGCAGACAGCAUCCUUCUGAGGUCCUGGGAGACCAGGUGCCUGGCAAGGAUGACAAGGGGAACUGGGUCUGAGGCUUUGGGACUCCCUGUGGGUGUCAUCUCGCUGCUCUGGGGAGAAGCUGCCAGGUGCCCAACCCCAGCCCAGCAUUCCAGACUUCAAGCUGGUCUUUUGUGUGAAUAGAUUAGAGGCCAAAACAACAUGGGAAGUGUUGGACACCAGCUCUGUGCAAAGUGUUAAUCUCACCACUAUCCCCACAGCCCUGUAUUCAAACUAGCAGCAGUAUUCAUCAGUGGUCUCCCCAGUCCCCCAGUCCCCGGGCCCCGGAACACCCACACCCUCCUGGCUCUUGCCCUCUCCAGCACCCCUGAUUCCCAGGGGGCCCCCGUGGCUGGCCAUCUCUUGGUCUGAGGCUGCUCUUCCCCCUUUCUUCUGCCUGUGAAGCUUAGUUCCCAUCAUCAUGGCCAAGCCGGGCAACAGUCCCUACAGGCAUGUGCCCUGGGCCAGGGUAGAGGGAUGGGCCAGGGGGGCACCCAAGGGGUCCUGUACCACGUUAUCAGGUAUGGAUGCUCCCUGGGACCCCACAGUCUGUGUGGAGCACCAGGACACUGUCUGCUGGUCAGUGAGUCACUGUCGGACAAGGACGACUCAGACCAAGUCGUGGGCUGGCUUGCUGCAGGAACACAGGAAACUGGAUCCACGCAGAAGCAGCCAUCUCAGUGCCAUCCUCAGGGGACCCCAAUCCCCCGUGACUGGGCACUCUGUCCACGCAGCCAACACCUCAUGAAAUCACUGCCCACAACUGGACAGAGAAGCACAGACUGGCAGGGAGGGCCACACGUCCCAGGCUGCAGAGUGCCAGCCCCAGCCAGCUCUGGCUCCUGAAGGCGCGCCCCUUGCCAGACCAAGUCCUCUCACUUCUCAUGAGAACUGGAGAAUGCAUUCCUGGUCACCAUAACAAAUCCUUGGGUUUUAUUGACGAAAAACCUUGGUGGCCCUCCACAUCCCAGCCUGGUAUGCCCUCGGGCUUGUGGCAGGAAAGCCCAAUGCGCUAGGCUGUCCCAUCACAUGGUACUCGUGGCACCUGGCACAUAGCACUGCAUCAGACGAGUGGUUCCCAUUUUGUCCCCAACAGGUUCCAGGGGCUUCCUCGGACACACGUGGGUAAGGACCAUAUCCUUCUCUGGUCAGUUUCAGACUGUAGCUUUGAAACACACCCUCCCUUCCCACCUGUGUCCCUAGCAAGGAAAGGGCAGUAAAAACCAACCCAGGAGACUUCGUGGUCAUCACACUUUAAAACUGGGCUCUGGACGCCGUGAGCUGUGGGCAGGUCCCGCCUCUGUCGCGUGGUUUCUCAAUGCCAGGUAGCUUCUACUAACCACGGUUCACAGGGGCAAACGCACCUGUGAGUAAAAGAAACUGCACAGCAGGCAACCCAAGACACAGGGACACGUUCUGUCAGGAGGUGACUCUCAGGAGACAAGGACAGGUUCUCUCAGGUGACAUUCUGUCGGGAGGUAACAUCCAGGAGACAGGGAUGAAUUAUAAGGAGACACUGGUGACACCCAAGAGAGAGGGGCAGGUUGUCGAGGUGGACGGAGCUGACGGUGUGUCCCCCUCAGGGAAGGAGGCGGUAGGAGAGUGGUGGGGAGUGCUGAUCCUAGCAGAGGCGUAUUUACUUGUGUUUACUGCUUUAGGAUAAGCACCUAGUAAGUGGUCUGUAAGGGUCGCAGUGGUUAGCUCUACCAAAAUCAAAGUUCAAGUGAUGUUUAAAAAUAUUAUAGCAAAAGAUAUAUAUUUAUACUGGAGUAUUUUUACACCUUUGAUAUCCUUGGUCUUAUGUUUGAGGGCAGACGACAAUGACAGCAGAUGCAGGGACAUUUUGAAAAGGCACCUUAGUGGUUCAAUCUGCAUGAUUCCUGCCACCCCCCACCUGUUUGUCACCCCUCCAGGGUCUGAGUGGCUGGCAGCUUGGGGCAGGCGAUGGGCAGCCUGGGUGGCUGCAGCUGCCUCCCACGGCCACACGGUGCGCUCAGUACUGGCUACAGCUGCUCUGGCACCGUGGCAGGACUGGAGGGAGUGUGGCUGGAGGGUGCCAGGGCUUGGACACCAAUAGCAUUUACACCUGUCCCUUUACGGGGAAGCGCGUCUGCCUGUCGGCUACUUCCUCCCACAGGGCACACGCAAGCCCGCUGCUCCUCUGCCCCACAGCGCCUGCCACAUGAGGACAACCUGUGGUCACUGCUCAGUACAACAAAGGGUGACAACUCAGCUCUACUGUGAAGUUAUCGGUAGGCCAGACGCCCAUGAACACUGUACUGCUUACCCUCCCUCCACUGGCUGACCACUGAGGAGUCGGUGAGCUCUGUGUUUCAGGGCAUGACCUGUCCCUGGGACGGGAUGGGAGUCGGGCGGGACAGGCCUUCUUAUGUUAACCAUCCCUCUUCCUUUAGACCUCUUAACAACUAAACCAAGCCAAACGACAAAGGAAACUUGCACAACCUAAAAGAAACUUGAAAGGGAUAAUAUACUACUAGUUUGUACUAAGUUUUUUCAAGAAAUGGAAACAAAUUUAUGUAUAUAUAUGCAAUAUAUUUUUACACGAUUUUAUUAACGUUAAGGAGAACCGAGCGUAUCACUUUAUCAGUGUGAUGGGUAAUGUUGGUGUCUGGGUGUUCCGACUCAGAAAGGCUCUUCUGCUGAUGUCUAAAUCACACUCACCAGGAAGGUCUCUGGGGUCCUGAGGCCCUGCUGUCCCUCCCACAGAGCGCAAGGCACCAUGUCACCUGUUGGACUUGCUUUCGUGGCCUGGCCUGUAAAUUUUUAGUGAAACAGCUCCUGUCUGUCUGCACAUUUCUCCUGUGUGUGUGCUGUCGUAGCAUCGUGUGUCAUUGGUAAAGUGAUGAAUAAAGGUGUUACAACAUGG